AAAAAAAUACAUGGUAUCAUAGUACACGUAGAGAGAGAGAAACCCUAGGAAGGUCGACAAUGGCGAGUUUGGAGGACAUUCCUUCAGUAGAUCUCAUGACCGAGCUCUUGCGUCGCAUGAAGUGUUCUACCAAACCAGACAAACGCCUCAUUCUCGUCGGCCCACCUGGAUCUGGAAAAGGUACCCAAUCACCAAUUAUUAAGGAUGAGUACUGCUUAUGCCACUUGGCUACUGGUGAUAUGCUAAGGGCUGCUGUUGCUGCUAAAACUCCUCUUGGGAUUAUGGCCAAAGAGGCUAUGGACAAGGGAGAACUUGUUUCCGAUGACUUAGUUGUUGGGAUAAUCGAUGAAGCUUUGAAAAAGCCUUCGUGUCAAAAGGGUUUCAUCCUUGAUGGAUUUCCAAGGACUGUGGUCCAAGCACAGAAGCUUGAUGAGAUGCUUGAAAAACAUGGGGCUAAGGUUGAUAAGGUCCUCAACUUUGCAAUUGAUGAUGCAAUCUUGGAGGAGAGGAUUACUGGUCGCUGGAUCCACCCUUCGAGUGGUCGGUCCUACCACACAAAAUUUGCACCUCCUAAAGUUCCUGGUGUAGAUGAU